AUGGUACUGAGGAAAAUGGCUUUGGAGAAAGAUUUAUUGGCUUCAUCUUUGUAUAUUGUGGGAAAUAACUGGUACUCAGUGCUCGUUAAUGGACAACCCCAUGGUUUCUUUAAAUCAACAUGGGGUGUAAAGCAGGGGGAUCCACUCUCACCUACACUCUUCAUACUAGCUGCUGAAGCACUGUCUAGAGGUCUAAAUGCACUGCACUUAAACUUAUAUUUUCGUGGCUUUGGCAAGUCAGUUGUGUAUAUGCACCCUUUUACCAGUUUGGAGGUGAUUACAAAGGUGGAGAGGAUCACUGGAAUUACGAGGCAAGACUUCCCAUUUACAUACCUGGGCUGUGCAAUUUUCUAUUCAAGAAGAAUAAUGGAUUAUUAUCAAGGACUUCUCACUAAGAUUCUUGAUAAGUUGCAGUCAUGGAAAGGCAAACUUUUCGCAAUAGGAGGCAGGGCAAUGUUGAUUGCGCAUGUCCUUCAGAGUAUGCUAAUACGCCUCUUAUCUGCAGUAAAUCUUCCUAGUUCUAGUAGUUCUAUUGGAGGCAGCAGUAGACAUUGGGCAUCAUGGAACACUUUGUGUAUGCCAUAUGAGAAAGGUGGAAUAGGCUUCAGUUCUUUGUACGAUGUGUCUAAAGCACUAUUCUGCAAGCUGUGGUAG